UGCGAGACGUUGAACUCGUUUCAAAACCGGUUAUAAUGGUAUCGAAUAAAAAAUGUAACAUCCAAUGAGAAGAAAAAAAAAACAGACUUUUUCUAUUAAUUUUAUUAUAUAUAUUAUAUAUAUUUUUUAAAAGUCCCUAACAAUUCGACAGAAUUCAUCGCAAGAAAAAAAAGUAAUUAAAACCGAUCUUUAAAUAGAACUUUAUCAUCAAAGACAAAAUUCUCAGACAUAUGUUUCGUGUAUUAUAUAUGCACGACAUGUGGUCAUUAAAAGCACGCACGUAUACUUGUGGUUUCUUACCAAAAAAAAAUUGGAAUUUAUCGCUUUAUUACGGUAUCCCUUGCCAUUAACUGGAAUGAAAAGCAGGUGACAGAGGCAUGGUCGCUGCAUGAGUCACUAUCAUGAUUUUCGUGAUCGGCGUGGUACGCAUAACAACGAGGACGGAAUUUUUAUUCCUUUUUCAAGUUCGUUCACAAUUCGACAAAGAUCGUCUACAUCUGAUACAGAUACAUACAAAAAUGAUUAGAAAAUUUAAAUUCAUCUCCAAUGAUCUAUCCAUUGCACAGCAAGUGGGAGAACGAUAAAAAAGAAAAUACGAAAUUUGCAACGAGCCGCAUUCGAUAACCACAAAUAUAAUUUGUUGGGAACAAAACAAAAGCGACAGGACGUAUCUGACAGAUGUCAAAAUUUCUAGUCUUUUUCAUACGGCGUCUUAAUGCGGUAACCUUCGCAAAAGAAAAAAAAUUAGCAAUAAACGAUAACUAUUGAUCAUCGUGCCCGGAGAAAUUAUUCACGACAGCCUAUCGAGAGACAAUGUGAGAGCACGCGCGCGUACCAAUGCCAGAAAUGGAAACGCAACGAGAAUGGACGAGCUUGCAAUUACUCGAGAGCCCAUUAGGAAGCGUACCAGGAUUGGUAACAAGUGCGACUCACAGACCGUGGUUCCGAUAUCGUUUCCGAUCCCAAGAAUCGUGUCCUUACCGGUGGAGAUCAUCUUCGAAAUUUUCUCCUAUCUCUCCUACAAGGACCUUUACGCCAUCAGUCACGUGUCCCUGUUUUUCAAUCGGCUCGCAUAUGAUCCAUUUUUAUGGCGAACUUACGAGGUGACGAACAACGAACAAGAUACAGCUGAGGUGAUUAAGGAGCUGAAGAGGAUGCCGCUGCUGAAGAAGUUCAGUAUAAGUGUCAGAGCGGAUUGCGACGAGAUCUUGCGGCAGAUCUCGCUGACGAACAAAAAAUUAGAGGAACUCCACGUUUCUAAUUGCACAGGUUCCACGUCGAAAUUGUAUCUACGCUCGGGCUACCUGAUCCGCAUACUGGAGAGGUGCCGUAAUUUGCACACGAUCAAUAUACUAGGGAGCAGAUUCCGCGGCCGGAAGUUCUAUCGGCUGUUGGGCGACAUAGGGCCACGUCUCAGAUCCGUUUACGCCCCGGCGACGAAAUCGCAGUUCUGCACGUUCAUCAAGUACGCAAGGCAGAUCAGCGAGACUGAUCGGGAGACGAUCUGCUCGAUGUAUAUCGGCGUGAAAAGUUGGGCGCCCUUGUACUACUUUGUCACGAAACGGGCAGAUCGGGUUUGCACGGCCCUGAUCAGCUACCUCCACAACGACAUCCUGCUGAUCGAUGCGAAUCGAUCGAUUCACAAACUUUCCAUCACCGAUAGAAGGAACACUUAAUUGAGAGGUCUUGAGAGGCUGAAUCCUUUUUUUUUUUUUUUUUCUUACGACGCUUCGAAAUGUCGUUCGAGAAGAAUACAAGCGAUACGAGGACCGAUGAAGAUACCAUGAAGAUCAGAGAGAAUAUUCGCGUUUUACGAUAUUCCUUCGAGAAUGUAUAUGUAAUCAUGCCGUUGUAUUGUACAAAUACAUGUAUAUAUAAGUGUAUUUAGUUACUUGAA